AUGGCGACUGUGGACAGUACAGACGAUUUUAAGUUUACCGGGUUAGGGGGUUGUAAUGAAGUGGGUAGAUCCUGUCAUAUCAUUGAGUACAAGAACAAGGUGAUCAUGCUUGAUGCAGGGGUUCAUCCCGGGUUGUCGGGUCUUAAUUCGUUACCAUUCUACGAUGAGUACGACUUAUCCAAAGUCGACUUAUUGUUGGUAAGUCAUUUUCAUUUGGAUCACGCAGCUUCCUUGCCCUAUGUAAUGCAACACACAAACUUUAGGGGCCGAGUUUUCAUGACCCAUGCCACAAAAGCCAUUUAUCGAUGGUUAUUGACUGAUUUCGUGAGAGUGACAUCGUUGAGCUCCAACACCUCCAAUGACCCUAACAGCGGUGGUACUUCCGCCAACUUAUACACCGACGAGGAUUUGAUGAAAUCCUUCGACCGAAUCGAGACGGUGGAUUUCCACUCCACAAUGGAAUUGGAUGGGAUUCGAUUUACUGCUUACCAUGCUGGCCAUGUCUUGGGAGCUUGUUUAUAUUUGAUUGAAAUUGGUGGAUUGAAGGCGUUAUUCACAGGAGAUUACUCAAGAGAAGAAAAUAGACAUCUACCAGUGGCCGAGGUGCCUUCGGUGAAGCCAGAUAUUUUGAUCACCGAGUCUACUUUUGGUACUGCUACCCACGAACCAAGAAUGGAGAAAGAAAACAGAAUGACCAGAAUCAUUCACUCUACUUUGCUGAAGGGUGGACGAGUAUUGAUGCCGGUGUUUGCAUUGGGGACGGCCCAGGAAUUGUUGUUGAUUUUAGAGGAGUAUUGGUCUCAGAAUAAAGACUUACAAAACAUCGACGUUUAUUUUGCAUCCUCUUUAGCAAGAAAGUGCUUGGCAGUGUAUCAGACAUAUACCAACAUUAUGAACGACAAAAUAAGAUCCAUGGCAUCUUCCUCAUCAUAUGAUCGCAAAAACCCAUUCACCUUUAAAUAUAUCAAAACUCUCAAGUCAUUGGACAGAUUUCAAGACUUUGGUCCUUCAGUAGUGAUAGCAUCCCCUGGUAUGUUGCAGAGUGGAUUUUCGAGGCAGUUAUUGGAAAAAUGGGCUCCUGAUCCCAAGAAUACUGUGUUAAUGACUGGUUAUUCAGUGGAAGGAACCAUGGCUAAAGACUUGUUGAUUGAACCUCCUACAAUUCCUUCUGUUAACAACCCUGAGAUGACAAUUACAAGAAGAUUAAGCAUAGAAGAAAUAUCCUUCGCAGCCCAUGUUGACUUCCAACAGAACGCCGAAUUUAUAGGUGAAGUCAAUGCUCCACGGAUUAUUUUAGUACAUGGAGAUUCGAUUCCAAUGGGUAGGUUGAAGUCUGCUCUCUUGAGUAAAUAUGCCAACAGGAAAGGAACCGACCAAGAAGUCAAGGUGUUCAAUCCAAGAAAUGGAGAUGAGUUGAAGAUCGCAAUCAAAGGCUUGAAGGUAGCCAAAGUAUUGGGGGCUCUAGCAGAAGAGCAAAUCGGAGCUGAAGAGGAAGAAGAGGAAAAAGAUGAAGAUAUGAAAGAUACAACCGAAGAAAAGGAGAACGGUAACAAGACAGAAGACAGCGAAAAUCAUGAAGAUGAUAAGCAGGAAGACGAUGAUUUUGAGGUAUUCAAGAGCAAACAGGUAUUGUCAGGAGUUAUUGUGUCGAAGGAUUUCGACUUAAAUAUCGUCCAAUUACAGGAUUUACAUGAAUACUCUCAAUUAGCCACAUCGAUUGUUAAGUCCAAAAUUGAUUUGAUUAUCAACGCACAUAUCUCCUUGAUCGAGUGGCAUUUACAACAAAUGUUUGGAUACAUCAACGUGGCCAACGACGAUGAGGACGAGUGGGAAUGUGUGAUCAUGGACAUAAUCAGUAUUUUGAUUGACCGAUCCAAAUCCAAGGGUUCAAGCAACUACGUUACGGUUGAAUGGGUCAAUGACAACUUGAUGGCAGACUCAUUGGCAGACAGUGUGGUGGCCAUUCUUUACUCCAUAGACUCAUCACCUGCAUCGGUCAAGAUCUCAUCGUCGAGCCACUCACAUGACCACGAAAAACCCGUUAAAAAGGAAGAAGAUUCUAAUGGAAACACAGAAAUAACCAUCGAGAAGUCAGGGCACAUGAACACUGAUAUAAAUGAUAGAAAGUAUCGUAUUUCUACACUCCUAAAGGCACAAUUCGGAGAUGCGUUAAAGGGUAACGAUAUGACCAAUGCCCAAAUUGCCUUUGGUAAAAAUGAAGCCACCAUCAACUAUAACAGCUUGACGGUUACUUGCAACUCCAAGGUCUUGAAGGAUAGAAUAGAGAACAUUAUCAAGAGGGCUUGUGGGUUGGCCGCUCCAUUGAGUCAAUUUGAAAAAUCUGUAUAG